AUGCAGCCACUCUUACUCCUACUAAUCGCACUGAUCAUUGGUAAGUGCAAGACCGGCAGGGGGAUCAAGCGAAGGGGGGACAACUACCACCACAGAUGCGGAAGGGGUAGUCGCCAUUGCAGCUGCAACAGAUUCCGCAGUACCUUCCUGCACCUCUACGUGCUGGUGCUCUCCCUAAUUCUGUUGAGCGAAAAUGCGACCACUAUUCAGGCGUACCGAGUGACUUGUCACGGAAACCAGUUAUCUUUCCUUCCCAAUGUGGUGUCCAAGGUGCAAAGAAGAUACUCCCCCAGACGCUACGCCAAAGGGGGGAGUGGUACAAUUGGAAAUGGUGGCAGUGCAAGGGGCGAAAGCGCGAUGCUCCCAAGUGAAGAACACCUCCCCACAAACAGAAGCACAUCGAACAAUUACUUCAAGUCCCUCUGCUCCAGCAGUGUGCUAAAUAAGAGCGUGGACGAAAACGUAAAUUUCGAAGAUGGGGUGGCGAGUUUCUUCACAUUGAACCCAAAUCCGAACAUUGGCUUUUUGGUUGGUAGGCCGAAGCGGCGAAGUGCGACCGAUGUGGUGCAAAAUGACGUGGAAGAAGAGUCAGACGCAGAAGAAGGUGCAGAUGUAAAAGAAAGGGCAGAUGAGACAAAAGAGACAAACCAACCGGCAACUCCUCAUCAAAAAAAAAGAACAAAAAAAAUUCGCCUCAAACUCAAAAGAGGAUACAUGAACGAAGUGUACGACAGGGAGAAAAAGAGGCUCAAUGAGGUCCUAUUGUCCUUCGAGGAUAAAAGCAUAUUCAAGGCUUCCAAAAAAAAAAUCAAAGAAAACAUACUUCUCUUAAAUGGACAAACUGUAAAUAUAGAAGUGAUAAAACAAUACUUGUUUCAUAAAUUAAGAUUAGAAUAUUAUGAAAGCAUAAGGGACCAAAAGAAAAUCCUGACAUUGGAUCUAUGGUCCAAGGAAAUUAAUGUAUCUGUUGAAAAUUUGAAGAAACUAAUUGUUUAUAUUUACAAAAUGAAGACUCUGGUGCAGAAGGAAGAUGAAGAAUUGCUUAUUAAGACUUAUUUUUACAACAAGACGAAUAUGUUUAGUUUGUUCAGGAACGGUGCCGCAGGAGGAGGGGAUGUGGUGGCCCCCUUUGACUUUUCCGUGCCGGACGUGGACUCCACCGUUGAUGACCAAGGGAAAGGGAGCGACCUUGAUCCCAAAACGAAGAAGGAAGAAGCGGCCACGAAAGGAGUGCCUUCUAAUGGAGCAAUGGGCAAAGGGGGGCAACUUCUCCCUAUGCCCAUCUCCCCCAAGCGGGACAUCUUCACCGACUACUUCGACAACAACGAAGUGGUCCUGUACAACGAUUGUGAAAAUUUAAUAAACUCAGAAGUACAGAAAUUCAUCGAGUGUAUUAAGGAUAUUGUCUUUUUUGAGAAUUCCAUUUACAUGUUGGAAAAGUUGGAAAAUAGACCCCCCCUUCUGGAGGAGGUAGCCUUUGCUUACAACUACGACAAGGAUAUUUUCAUACAAAAAUUAGAAGUUAAAAUAAAGUUGUCCCAGAAAUUGUUAAUAUAUUUUAUCCCACUAAUUAAUAAUAUUAUACGGAAAGCUGAAUCUAAUUUUAGUAGCAACUUAAGUGAAGACGACUUCUUACUCGUCAGCUUAGAUGCAGUGAAAAACGGGUUCAGAAGGUAUGAUGUCGAAAAAUUAGGAAUAAAAAAUCUCACAAAAUAUGUUUACAUCUGGGCAAAAAAUAGCACCUACAAUUAUUAUCAGAAGCACAAGUCCUUCGUGUCCGUGUCACCACAUACUUACAAAGAUUAUAAUAAAAUCAAAAAAUUUGAAGAAAGUUUUGAAGAAAAACAUGAAAGGAAACCCAGCAUCAAAGAAAUAGCCGAUGGAUUGUCUAUGACCAUGGAACGGGUUCAGAAGGCUCUCUCCUCAGCUGUAAAUGUGAUAGACGCUGAAAAGCCAAUCAUGUACCAAAAUAAUAAUUCGGACCACCCAGAAAAAAAUACCUACACAGAUUUAAUUGUCAACGCCGAUGAUAUCCACAGCAUGAACGAAAUUGUCUACAACGACCUUGUGAUAAAGGGGCUAAGGAAGUUUAUCUGCAAGUCGCUAAAAAAAAAAAUAAACAAGCUAAUUAUCUUUAUGAAGUUUGGCCUCUUCUUAAGGAAGAAAAUUUUCACAGAUGACGAAAUUUGUCACACUCUCCAGAUUACGAAGAAUAAGUUACAGAAGCAUUUCCAGCUCUCCCUCAAUGAGAUCAAAAAAUAUAUUAACAAGAUUAAGAAGAAUAAAUCAGAGGUCGAUCCUAACUUCGACUUUUCAUCGUACAUUAACUUUUCUCAGUACGACUUUUUGGGGAACGACUUUUCCCAAAUUUUGAUAUAA